AUGGCAAGGCGUUUCCACCGCUUGCGCGAUCAGGUCCGGUACGAACUCGACGGCGCCCUCGAGUGCUUGGGACGCAUCGACUGGCAAAUCUGCGGCCAGCUUCCUAUCCUCCCGUUUAGCGCAGUGCGUCUGGAGUCGUUGCUCCUCGCCCUGGGCGGCGACUCCAUCAUUGCCCUGCAGGUCUCCCCAGAACUCAGGCGCACUGCCUGCAUGACUUGUUUUGGCUUUGAUCACAUCGUCAACGUCAGCCCAGACGAUCGGAAGUCACGAACACUCAAAGCAAGAAAUGCUCUCGGCAUAGAGCCAAGCCCGAUGAUGCGCAGUAUCCUCUUCUCCAAUGGAAACGAGCAGAUUCUAUUUGCUGUUGCGCACCACCUUGUCAUGGACCUGGUGGCAUGGCGUAUCAUCAUUGCCGACACCGAAGCUCUGCUGACUGCUACCACUGUAGCACUGUCUUUAACGGCGAGAAAGAUAUCUUGA